AUGUUCGAGGGGGCCAUAGCGGCAUUUUUGAACCGCCUGCUUGGCAGGUAUGUGGAGGACCUGGACACGGAACAAUUCAACGUCGGCAUCUUCUCCGGGGAUACAUGCCUCACUGACCUGAAAUUAAAGCCGGAGGCUCUGUAUCAAUUAGGAUUACCUAUUAGGGUAGAGAUUGGCCUGAUAGGAAAAAUUAUUUUGAAAAUACCAUGGUCUGGGCUAUUCUCGCAACCCAUUGUGAUAUGCAUAGAGGACAUAUAUGCAGUUGCAGUACCUGCAUUAUCCGGUCCAUACGACCCAGAGAUACAGAAACGCUUGAUAAGAGCAGAAAAAAAGAAGAUACUAGAGGAUCUUAAGGAAGAUGAAAUAUUUAGAGCUGGUCUACCUCCUCAGCUGUUUGAUGGUCUGUUAGCGUCAGUGACAAAAAACUUCCAAAUUACUAUAAAUAAUGUACAUAUUAGAUAUGAAGAAAAAAUUUUACGGAACUUCCUCUGUGCCUGUGGUAUAUGUAUACAAAGUAUAUCGAUUACGACUACAAACAAUAAAUGGAAGCCCGGGGUGUGCGCCACAAAUUCGCAAACGGUGUACCAACUCAUACGUGCGGAGUCUCUCAGUGUGUACAUGGACCAUGAUACCGAAUCCUGUAUAAAUAUUCAGGGUAACUGGGAUAUGCCCAAUCUUCUCGCAUGGAAGAACACAAUGCACAGAGCCCUGCAGACGUUCGGAAUGAAAAACAGAGAAUUCCAAUUUUUGCUGAAGCCUUUUACAGCCAAGACUAAAAUUAUUAUACAUAAAGGUACUGAGACGCAAGCUUCCCGAAUGUUGGUUGAUAUUGUGCUCCAGGAUGUAGCGAUGCAACUGUCGGAAACGCAAUACGCUACUUUCUGUCACAUCCACGAUUCCCUGAUACGAGCGACUGUUAACAGACCACAUGCUAAAUAUCGUCCUAGAAAGAGUGUGUACGAGGAACCGUCGUCUUGGUGGAGAUACGCAUAUAACUCUAUUUUGGAUCACUAUAUUAGACCAUAUACCUGGUCACAUAUAGUCGAGCAUAGAAGAAAUUACAGGAAGUAUAAAGAAGCGUGUAUCCAAAGUUUACAACGACCGAAUGACACGGAGUUAAAGCUGGAUCUGCAAAAAUAUGAAGAUAGCCUGAAUAUAUUAAAUAUAGUAAUUGCGAGGGAGCACGCUAGGCAAGAAUUGAGAAAUAAAGAUAUGGAGCGCAAAUGCCAAGUCGUGACGAGUCCGUCAAAAGUUGUCAGUGCACAAACCAUGUUAGCGAGCAAUGAUCAAGCACAGAGCAUGGCAGAUCAGUGUGAAGGCAAAGAAGGCAAGGAGAAGUCGUUAAUAGAUGCAACAGACAAUUUAUCUGAUUCGAAAAUAAAAUUAGAAGCACUAAAACAAAUCAAUUAUAAAUUAAAUUUUACCUUGGCAAAUUGUUGUUUGAGCCUGCUAAGCAAAGGCAAGGAAAUGCUGAUUAUAACUGUCGCGCAGUUUUUGACAAGUAUCGAGGCACGGCCUACAUUGUCAGCUUUCAAGAUAUCUGCUCGCGCUGAAAGCUUCGUGAUCGAAGCUAUAUCAACGGAUGGUGAUUUGAUUCCUCUGGUCACAGUAGAUAAUGUGCUAACAGGAAAUGUAUCUACGUAUUUCCUGGCCAUCGAUUUUGAGAAGAACGGGCUAAAUGUGGAUCCUAUUUUUGAAGUAUCUGUAAAGCUGGAAGCUAUCGAAGUGACCUAUCAUCACUUCGCCAUGGUGGAAAUUAUAAACUUCUUCAAAUUUAAUACUAAUUAUAUUCAUGAUACGAUUCUCGGAGCAUACAAAUUGUGGGACUGCACCAAGAGAAAGUACUUGAGCUUCGUGGACGACAUUGUCUCGCAGACGUUAAGAAUUAGUUUCAAAAUAGAUAUCAGAAAUCCAUACGUUAUAUUUCCUGAACACGGAUCUAUUCAGAAAGGAGGAAAUAUACUUGUCUUGGAUUUCGGUAACGUAACGCUGACCAAUGAGCUUCAAUCGACGAAUUUGCAGCUGGAAGAUGCUACUCUUAUGGAACUUGAGGAGUUACUCUACGACAGGCUUAACAUAGUAUUCACCGGCGCACAAAUUUUAUUUUGUCACUCGGGCGACGACUGGCGCUCGGCGAGAAAACGAAGCGAUUCAGAGUUUCAUGUGUUACCCAAGGUGCAAGCGAACGCCACGCUCUCGUACAGUAUUAGACCCGAGUAUCGCCAGUUGCCACGGACGAAACUCAAUGUACACAUCUCAAAUGUCAAGUUAAAUCUGUCGGAAAAUAAACUGCGGCUGACGGCAUAUUUUUUGAAUAAAUUUCUAGUGUUGUACCAAGAAAACAUUGAGAAAUAUAAAGCUGCUUUAAGAGGCUCUACCUCCGUGCGAAAAUCGAGUAUCAUUCUCACUUCGGUGAAGGAAUUGAUGAGAGUGCAAUCCAGCGUGUGCUUGCCAUCCGUUACGAUAAUGCACAGUGACUUUAAACCUGUCAUCAAGGAAGUUGUGACUAAUAAUGUGCCGAAGCUUGACAGAAGCGUCGUUUCUUCGGAAGUCAGCGAGGAGGACUUGGAAUUAUUAUCAAAGACGAUUAACUUGUCCGGAUUUGACGACAACAUAUCUCCAUGUAAUCACAUUAAUUUGUUACUUCGCUUCGCUAUAGGAGAGUUCUCUAUAAAUCUGGAGCAUACGGUGGACAACCGAGAGCAGCCUUACUUGAAUUUGAGAUUGCACACACUGUACUACGAAACGGCUAUGAUGGAAUACGGAGUUGCAGUUCAAUUCGGCAUCGGAUCCAUCCUUCUGGUCGACAAGACAAACGCUGGCGUUACUGGAUCGUACCUAGAGUUGAUAUCCACCGAUGAGUCUUACGAAGUUCUCGUUGUGUCGUAUCGCAAGGUUAAAUCAAAUUGCCCCGAUUUCAAGUCGCAUUUUAAAAAUAUCGAACGUUCCUUGGUCGUGAACCUGCUGAAUAUCAAUAUAAAUUUUCAUAGAUCUGCGUUACUGAAAAUGCGGGAUUACUGGCGCAAGUUUCAAGCUAUUUGUCACGGGACACUUUUAUUUCAAUUCGCCAAGAAGAUAUGCAGCAAUAUCAUGAAACGGGAACAGAGAGACCUUGAUCCACCCAUCCCACCAGGUGCAAUCAAGUUGAAUUAUUCAACUAGACUCAGCUCGUUGGCGUUACGAUUCUGCGAUAAGGACAUAGAUUUAAUGGAAAUUAAGAUUUUGGGUUUAGAGAAUGACUGCAUCUACAAUGCAAACGAGAGAAUGGUGUUGCGCGUACAUCUUAGGAAUAUACUCGCGGAAGAUCUAAUUGACGACACGCUUUAUUCAAAAAUUUUGACGACUGACGAGGAUAAAGUUCUCGAUCUGAAGUAUGUAAGGCACACGCCAAGAUUGUACAAAUGCUCGGACAUCGAUACUAGUCAGGAUGAUGUAAUGUCGGAUGGCACGUUCAAGCUUUCUGUUGGACGAAUAAAUUGUGUGAUUAUAUCUAAAAUCCUGUAUGAUUUACGGAAUUUCAUAAGACCAUUCACUUCCGUAUAUUACGCCCGUUUCUUAAAUUACACGAGAAACAUGUUCGUCGGCGGGAUUGAAGUGUUUAAGAGAAGCGCGACGAAACUGCACAUUUUCAUCGAUAUACAGGGGCCUACUUUCCUGCUACCUCAGAAAAAGGAUGCACCGAGUCUCUUGGUGUUCGAUACAGGCGUACUAUCCGUUGAAAAUUUUUUCAAAAAGAGUGAACAGUCGGUGGCCAACGAUAGCAAUCACUUAAUAAUCGACAAUAUUCUGAUAAAAUUGAAAUCUAUGACAGUAUCCAGAGCUAUUAUGACUUUGACUCGAGAUUUAGAGGUCCAGGAACCCAUUAUCGAGCCUAUACAAAUUCAGUUUGACAUCAAGAGGAAAACGGAAUAUCGCAGCAUUAUCGAAUUUCACACAUAUGGUUUAUUCAACGUGCAAGGGGUGAUCGAUAUUGUAAACAUAAAUUUAAGUCAGAAAGACCUUAAAUCUCUCAUAUUGGUGUGGCAGGAUAAUAUUUCGAAGAUACUGCUACUGAAGAAAGUUGGCGAGCACGAAGAUCGUGUUCCAAUGCAGGAAUCUGAAAAAAACAGUAGACAUGACGAUGUUAUGGUAAGGAAACUGGAAGACUUCUUAACUCAUAAUGAAACGACGUUAUGUGAAGUCAAUGUAAAGCUUACGUUAGAGGGAGUGCAGCUGAAUUUAUUUAUGGAUACAGAAGAAGUAUUGAGUUCUCCUGUGCGCGACUUGAAUCACGGGUUGUGUAAGCUGAGCUUCGGCGAAACUGUGAACACUUGGGAUUUCUAUAGCGACAAAAGCCUGAAGAUAAAACUGUCUUUGCAGAACUGCUUGCUGCACGAUACUCGCAAGGAUUCUGUCGUUAAGAAAAGAAUAAUACAAUCGCCAGCGAUAUCUUUAGAGAAGAAUUUGGAAUCCUGCGUUUCUGUGUCGAUGUCGCCCAUAGUCGAUAUUACGUACAGUAGUACUCAAGCGGAAGAGAGGUGUCUUGACAUUCUCAUUCAAGACGUACGAAUUAAUUUAUCCGUUCCAUUCUUGAUGCACUUGGGACGAUACUUUCUGGAUUCCUUGCCUAGUGAACAGGUAGAAAAAGGAAUCGUUAAUCAUGGAUAUGAUAAUAAUAACCAAAUGAACCGGAAUGCUCUGAGCGCAGAAACUGACAAAUUAAAUCGCUCCCAGUAUUUUAAAGAGCAGCCAGGUACUUCUGUAUCCAUUAGGAUACAAAAGCCCGACAUUUUUCUAUUUGGUGACUUAGAGAAGAGUAAUACGCACAUGAUACGACUACAAGCGGAAGUAUUUAUCGAAAGUAGCAGACACGGUUGUUCGUCAUCGAUAGUCUGCACGCUGACCAAUGUUAAUGCCAAGACUAAAGGACAAGGGAACUACGAGUCUCCGUGUUGGCUGUUACGUCCCUGCGAUAUAGAGAUCUGUAAGAAGAAGGAGUUGUGCAGCGGUAAAGGAGACAUCACCGUCACUAUAAAUAGCGUCAAUAUUCACUUAUCGGCGGAAGUGAUCCAUACUUUUGUUGAUAUAUUAAAUGAAGCGUCAACUUUUCUAAACAGCAUUAGCUUGAAAGUAGAUGACAGUAGCAACAAUCAAAACGUCAACAUGCACAAUAAUCUUUGGACACCAAGAAAAGUUUCUAGCAUACCGUAUAAGAAAACUGAUGAAAGUUCACAGUUGUAUCUUCGUCGUAAGAAUCGUGUGGUAUUGAAUUUGAGACCUGUACCAGUGUGUAUAUUGUUAGAAAUGGAGUACUCGGUAGGAAGAUUUCCGGUUAUGAGAAUGGAGACUGUCGUUACGACUACCAUCAAUGACUGGCACAACAAUUUCCGUCUCGAAUCCAAUGUGAAGCUUCAUGCAUUCUGUUACGACAGGACACAUCAGAAUUGGGAACCGUUCGUGGAAUUUUGUACGAAGGACGAUGUCAACUAUAAGCCAUGGGAAUUUACUAUUAAAACCUAUCACGACGAAGCAAAUAUGAUUAGUUCUAACUGGACAGACCCUUGCUACAUCAUAAAACAAGAUGCAAUAAAAGUGAAAAAGAAGGAUAAAAGGCACGAGCAGGAUGUAAUGGACAUGGUAUUUAUUGGACCUGAUACUGAUACGAUUUCGUCCAAAAAUGAGUCUGAAACUUAUAUCACGUAUGAGAAUGAAUCCGACACGGAUGACGAUGAGAACGAUACGAAAUUAACGAAAAUUUCGAAUUAUCUAUUUAACAACAGUAGCGAGGAUGAUGAGAGCGACUCCGAUGAUUCCAGUGCAAACGAGGACGAAGAGGUGGAAUUGGUGCUCGAGAGUAACACGGAAUCUUAUAAUCCCGCUAUACGCGCCCCAACGAAAGCAAAUCUCUCAAUACCACACAUUAUUUUGUAUUCGGAGAACAAACUUAAUAUUACCAUAACGCAAAACAUGCUCGCAACGUGGGACGCACUUUCGAGCGCGUUUGCGCAAGCCAAAGGUGGAAUCCCGUUUGUACCCGCUAAUACACGGGAGUUGACCAUACUGAAUGCUAUAGGUCACGCGAGUCGGGUAGAACUGCUCGCCCAAGAGCAAAUAGAUGGGAGUAACAUCACACGCGUCAUCGCUGCGCAUAAUUUUCGCGAUGGGAAUUCACCUACCAGCGUACCCAGCAGUCCAGAGAAUGAGAUCCAGACGGAUCUCACGAGUCCUCAGUGGAUCGGUGAGCAAACUGCUGCAGCUAUACCGAAAUGCGAAUUCUUUCCCACCGAUUCGCCGGUUCAGAUCUAUAAGUCCAUAACUGGCGAACUCCUGCGCAUCAUUUUCGAAGGUUUCGAAGAUGUGCUGGUAUACUGUCCGAAAAAGGAAACGCGUAAUCUCAUCUCGCUUCGACCCGUUAAACACGAGGUUCGCUAUUAUUUGAUGAUAGAGACUUCCAUAAACAAUCAUUUUCACCGUACGAUCUGCGUGCGGUCCCCGUUACAGUUCCGAAACGAAACCUCGUACGCCUUAGGACUUUAUUAUAAGAAAGCGGUGGUAGACAAGCUUGGUGAAACGCCAACCGGUGAAACUACUAAUCCCUUCGAUCAUAACGUGAGAAUGGCAAUCAUCGAACCCGAUGCAACUUACAACAUUCCCAUGUAUGUCGCCUAUCAUUGCCCGAUACACGUUCUUCCUGCGUACUUGGAACAGUAUCAAGUCAGUGAUGAAGGGAUUUAUUGGAAAGAUUUGAGGGGUACAGCGAAUACAUUUAAAGACGUAUGCUGCGAGACGAAAGGCGACAGUAAUCGUAACGUAUUCUGUGCCAGGGCGAUAUGCACGGAAAUUCCGUUAGCGACUCGUCUUUCGGGCUGCCAAGUGCCGAAUUACUUGAUAACCAUCAUACCACCUGUCAUUUUCAAUAAUCAGCUGCCUUUCGUUAUCGACGUCAGUAUACCUGAUAUCAAUUACGAAGUGAAGAUCGAACCCGGGGAAAAAAUAAACAUGCACUCGUUGAAUCGGGACAGUAACGUGCAGUUUAUCUUUAAGAUACACAACUAUUUAGGCACGUCUUGGAUGGGCGUGUCCAAGCUGAACAUGAACAUAGAGCGAAAGUUCGUAUUGAUGUCUACGGAUAACGAGUCCGACUUAACGAAACCGUUUCUACUGUGCAUAGAGCUGUGCAAGCUUCUCAGUUGGAAUAUUGUUAUACAAUCGCAGUACUGGAUGAUAAAUAAGUCUGGUUUGCCAUUGUUCAUUCAGGAUUGUCAUUCUCAUAUAACUUACGAAAUGCCAGAGGAAGAGAUGAUGGUGUUCUCUCAAAAGAACAGCAAGAAGACCAUGGUACAGUUAAGGGCUCAUCAGUCCGAGUGGUCAGUGCCAUUCGGUUUGGACGGGAUCACGUCGAUGUCGUUGAUCGUAUGUCGAGACAUCGAACGCGGGCGCAAGUAUCAGAUUUUAACGGAGAUCGAAAGUUCCCGGUUAUCGCCGAUCUUCACGAAGAUCAUAACGUUUUUACCGUACUUUCUCAUCUGCAACAAGACCAAAAGAGCUUUGAGAUUCAUGGAAGAGAACGAGGAGGCUGAUCUCUGGAACGAUCUCUUGCCUGGACAGGAGAUGUCGUUCUGGCCUGCCACCGACUCCAUGAAAAUGAGGAUUAAAUGGAGAAACAGUCAACUGGUCUCGCAACAUUUUGAUAUCACGCACUUGGGCAAGACUGUGCUGAGAAUGGAUAACGGGUCGGCGCUAUGUGUGGAGAUUGAAAGUGGUGCCAACAGCCCAUAUCGCAUAACGUUCCGACGAUACGUCGCCGGUGACAUACCCGUGAGAGUGGACAAUCUCUGCGACAGACUAUUUCUAAAACUGAAUCAAGUCGACCUAGGCCAAGUUGCUUUGCUCAAACCGUUUCAAAGUUUGCUAUAUACCUGGGACGAUCCGACACAGAGAAGAGAAUUAAUUUGGAACGUUUACAAUAACAACGCAAUUGGCUAUAGUGCACAAUUCGAAACGGACGGUUGCGGUCACGAAAGAGUGUCUUUCAUAACUGUCGACCGCUGUGACAGCGCAUCUCACUCUUCCGUCAGUCCGAAAUCGCUGGCGAACGCGAAGCCAUCGUGGUCAGAGGGCACAAGUGGAAAUGUCACUCAACUUCCAAAUGCAGAAUCCGAAAUAAAACCGCAAGUGUUGGAGCACGUGCGUCAGGACGAAGCGCAGGUUUAUUGGGUCAGCUACAUGGAGGGCGAGCAACGUGUACUGCUGUUCACGCAGCACGAGAGCUUGUACUUGAAAGCGAAAAGCGUCAUUGAUCCCGAGACGAGUAAGAGAGAGAUGUUCCUGUCAAUCGCGGCUAUCGGAAUCAGCAUUAUCGUACAGGAAACCAAUCUUCACAGCGUCAGACGGGAGUUGCUUUACGCCAGUGUGAUAGAUUCCGCGGCGCAUUGGGAGCUCUACUUCAGCAAACGAUGGAGAAGCUUGUCGUUGGAGCUAAGCGCUUGGCUGGAAAAUAAGUACAUGAACUCCGUGAAAGGGGCGCAGUUGGAGAAUUUCAUUGAUGUCGACUUCACGAAAAUGCAAAUGACCAAACCAUUCUUUGGCAAGUUGCGACGAACGUAUUCGCCAGGUAUCUGGCUGCAUUUCAGAGAAUCUACGACACUCUCAUAUUUGCAAGGAUACGUUCACAAGAUACAGGUCGACAAUCAAUUAAAUGAGGCUAUUUUUCCGGUAGUUCUUUAUCCCAGCUUGCAAAAGAUCUUUGUGAAUUACGCUGGAAACCGCAGAUUGAAACAUUGCUUGGAGUUCUCGUACCUGAAGCAACGCAAAUUGAAAAACACUAUUUACAAGGGAAUUUGCGUUAUCGUUAGGGAGUUUAAUUUAAAUCUAGAAGAGGCCUUUCUUUGCGCCUUGAUCAAUUUGAUACCUAAAGCGCCGGAAACCAAGCACUCGAUCGCCGCCAAACUCAGAAGAGACGUGUCCAAUGUGCGCGUACCCUCAGUUCACAAAAUCGAUAAUAACGCAAACAGCAAGAGGAAGAAUUUGAUAGAGCAGAUAUACAUCUCUCCGAUGGCAUUACGCAUGAAAUUGUUGGCCAAUACGGACGGGUCGAGUGUACGGAAUUUUAGUAACUCGCUCGAUUAUCACAAUGUCCUUCGAUUUAUAUUCGAGUAUGCGGAGAAAGGUGGAUUUGAAAGAAACGCUGAAUUUAGAUUACCCGCCUACCGGAGGAGCUUCAUUACCAUCGACAACGAACAAUUCUUCUCGCAUCUUUCGCGGACUUACGUGGCGCAGAUUAUGGAGCAGUUUCAUGUACUGGUACGCUUAACUACUAUCUUAGGCAAUCAGUACGGCUAUAAUUUUAAAUCACCAGGGAGCAGUUUUCACGAGCCUGAUUUACUAUUGCUAUGCGGCGACGAGAUUGCGGAGAGAUUGACGCACGAGGUCGCGUGUGAACUGGGAUAUGCUACACCCGAUGGCACGCCGCAAACCUCGAUUCUGAACAGCCACGAUCACGCUCAUGCGUUCCAUUCCAAAAUGAAAGAUACGAAUUAUCAGAAUCCGGACGUGCCACCUUUCGUGUCUUCGGUUGAUCAUUCGUUCGCUACGGAGAUUGAUUUGGAGACCGCCGGUUUGGUCACCGCGUCGACGAAUAGCACUCAUCGAGAGGAAUUAAGAUAUUUCUUUAAGACGUUGGGAAAGAAAACUUCCGUGUUAUUCAAAGCGGAAAGUUCUUACUUAAAAACUCAUUCGAAAGUAAUAACAGAUAUAAUAAAAAGGGCGCAGGAAGUAGGACACGGGUUUUUAUCUCGAGUGCGACUACCGCGAUACAUUAAUCCGCACUUCGGUGUGGAGUUGUUCUCGGCACACAAAGCAAAGGGAGCGUAUUUACUGAACGCUAUAAGUAAAGGUCACUGUAUUCCAAAUGAUUCCUAUUGGGGACACGCUGCACUUCACAACGACGGGAAAUACAUCACGCUCGUGUCCUUACAGCGAAUACACUAUAUCGAGAAAGGAAGUGCGUGGGGAUCGUGGAACAUGAAAUGGACUUUAGAAACUAAUCAAUUGCUGUCACCGCCAACUGUCGCUAAAAACAAGCUCAUUUUGCACGUAACAGAGAACGAGAAAGAGACGUCAUCGUCCAUGGUAGAUUGGUACGUGGAAAGCGAGACCACGGAUAUUUUGGAAUGGCUGUGUCGCAAAGUGAACAGCGCGAUGAUCCUGAAUAUGGAGAGCAGCAGUAUUUGUUCUAAAUGAGGAUUUCUAACGCACUGACGAGACCAUCCUGAAGAGAGAACAAAGAGAAGAGAACAAGAGAUCAAUGUAUUUACAUAUUUACCUCGGCGUAAUAAAAAUCUAUAUGGUGAAUGC